AUGCAGGCUGGUAUGGCGGUGGAACAUAGUACAGUAUCUGCACAGACAGCUGCAUUGCCAGCGAGUGUGCAAAAUGAAGGACAAUGGUUUCACAGCGGAAGUGUUUAUAUCGGGCAAAAGGUUCGCGUCAAUUUGGAAGGGGAGGGAAACAGCAACCGGGAAGUCGAUGGGGUUGUUGUUGCUUGGAAACCUGGAAGACCUCUAGUUAAAGAGAAUCAAGAGAACCCAGAAGACUCUCCAGUGUGGAAAGUAGAGAUCGACGAUUACAAGAUCAAGUGCACAGAGAUAGGGGAGUUUGACCUUAUUCAAGCGAUGGAAUCAUACCUGCGAAGUCAGCGAGAGAGCUAUGUUCGCAAGCUGAAGUCCCUCAAACAGACCUUCUCGACCGCCAACAGCGAAGUCAAGGAAACAACCAGACCUACUAGAGGCUUUGGCGGGCAGUCACGAAACAGGAGUAAUGCUUUGGAAUUGAAAGAUCUCUUUGGGAUCAAAAUCCCUGAGAACGCAAACCUAGUCUGCAAGAAUCAAGUGGGAACUGUUCGCGAUGGCAAAAUCAUCUGCCGAGGAAAGACAUAUGAGACCAUAACUGCAUUUGCGCAUAAAUGUGGGGUUUCCAUCGAAUUGAACGGAUGGGAUGCGGUUUGGUGUGGAACUAGGAAAAUGUCAGAUAUUAGAGAAGAGUUUUUCAAGGAGCUCCACUCAGAGUCGAACAUUGAAAAGAUUCUGACAGUCAAGACUGAGGCCUCCGCACAAUCUCUCUUGAACAAGCUGCAGACUGAGAAAUCAAAGGACGAGUCGUCGCUCAAAAGAAUUGCUUCCCCAUUCGAAUACGACAAAGGCAUGAAAGAGUUCAAGAAGCUGAAACGCUCCAUGCAAAAGAUCAACCCUUGCAACUCUGCUUUCAACACACAAGGGGCCAAAUCUGAUGGGAAGGGGAAGUUCUCUUCACUAGACACACACGAAAAGAAGUCAUCAAGGAGCAAUGGAGACUGUAAGGAAAAUCCUGCAAGCAAUCCGUCCAAUGGCUCGGAAGACUCAGAAGAGGAUUGGCUGUGCACAGGAAGCAUCUACUUGGGGCUGAGGAUCAGUCGAUUCGCCUACUCUGAAGGCGUUCAGACAACAAAUCUCCUGAAUGCCACAGUGAUCAAGUGGCUUCCAGAACACCUUGCGGAUUUCACCUCGUCCAUGACAGGAAAGUCUGCAGCCCUCUGGAAGAUCCGAUUUGACGAUGACGCAUACUUUCAAGAAGACCUUGAGGAGUAUGAGCUCAUCGAGGCUCUGAUCUUGUUCCGCAAGAAGUACUGCCAAGACUGGCUGGGGCAUAGGAUACUGCGGACUUUGCACGGUUAUGGAGAUCUUGUUGGGGAGGUGGUUGACUUCGAGAGGAACGAGGAGGUCUGGCAACUUGAGAUCGACCCGGAGGACAUCGACGUAACCAAGCUGCAAGGGAUCCCACACAUUGGUCUUUUCCGUGUUACCUAUGAGAAUGGUGUGUUAGAAGAGCACCUGACGUGGGAUGAAGUUGUGUCUUGCUGCAUGAAGGGCCCAUUCGCGCACAAGGAUGGGUGCGAUUCAUCUGCAAUCGCCAAGGGAUUAGUAGCAACAUUCGAUGCAAAGAAGCAAUCAGUAGAGAAGGAAAAGUUCAACACUUACAAACUCGUAGAGCAAACCUCGAACAAAGUUGUCUGCAAUCUGAUACCCGACAUUUUCUCAACCGCUUUCAAGAAGCCACAGGAAGACACACUACUUUCCUCUCCUUCCCUGACCUCGACUGUCACCGACAUUGGAGAGCAACUCAGUCAGGAAAGGUCUCAUGAAACAGCGAAUUCUUUGGAAUCAGGAGACGAGCUUGAUGACGAAGCGAAGUUCAAAAAGGGGGAGGAGAAGCAAGAUGAGGAUGAGGACGAGGACGAGAUCUCACUACAGAAAGUCAACGAGCUCAUCCUACUUCAACCCACUCCUCCCAUGAUCGUGGAGAACAAUCAGCUCAUUGAAUGUGAGGACAACGGAAGCUUCCUCCCGGCCCGCAUCGCGCAGAUCGACGAAGCAGAGGAGAGAGUGAAAGUUCACUUCCUCGGUUGGAACUCCAGGCACGACCAGUGGGUCCCCAUGAGGACCAGACGCAUCCGUCUCCCUCCUGCCCUAGGGGGAGGCGAUCCCAACGAUGGAGUUUUGGAGGCUCCUUCCAUGCUCCCCCCGGACCUCCAGACUAUCGCGGACAUUCAGCGCUUCAAACGUCAGGCAGACGCACUGGGAGGGUAUGGGACGAGAAAGUCCAAGAGGCUGGCGAGCAGCUCGGCCCCAGCUGAGAGGAGCGACGAGUUGCACACGUACCUCAACUCGGGAGGUUGCCGCAUCCCCGCAGCAAAGAAGGUAGCGCUCCCAGCCCUCCUCCUCUCUUCCAUUGGUCUUCCUCGCAGCGCCAUGGCGGCUACUCAGCGCAUGCUAGCAAGGACCAGCGACUUGAGCUUAAUGCCCAUCAUGGCAGGAGAAGUAUUUGAAAGCAGUGGAAAGGAGGACAACGCUCCGGUGGGCAGGGGAAGCGAGUCUGGAGGGAAGAAAGGAGCAGGAACAGGAACUGGGGGUGGUAGUGGUGGAGCAGCUCCAGCUCCAGCUCCAGCUCCAGCUCCAGCUCCAGCUCCAGCUCCAGCACUAGCACUCGCACCCGCACCAGCAUCAACAGGAGAGAUGGCACUGCAGCAGCAGCCGGCGGGAGCUUUCGACAACUCGCUGAACAAGAUUCGCUCGUUGGCACCACAGCUGGAGAUGGCAGCCGAGCAAGGCCGCAUGACCAAGUCGAGCACAAAGUCUAAGGUCAGUGACUGCGAAAUGAGGAAACUCAACCAAUGUCUGAGAAUGAGAAAUCAGCAAGGUUCUUCCGCCAUCGCAAAUAUCCACCUGAACCAGAUCUGA